AAGAAGCUUGACGUGAAGCUGCUUUGUUCUUCUUCAAAUUCCUUCAACAUUGCAGAUUUGGGAUGUUCGGUUGGACCCAACACAUUUCUGACCAUCCCAAAUAUUAUAGAUGCCAUAAAAUUCAAUUUCCAAUCCCAGAACUUGAACCCUAACACUAUAGAAUUUCAAGUCUUUUUCAAUGACCAUACUUUGAAUGAUUUCAACACUCUCUUCAAGUCUCUUCCUUCUGACAGAAACUAUUUUGCUGCUGGUGUGCCUGGCACGUUUCAUGGAAGCUUAUUUCCGAAGGCCUCAUUGCAUUUUGUACACUCUUCUUAUUCGAUUCAAUGGCUCUCUAAAGCUCCGGAUGAGGUUCAAGACCAAGGCUCUCUUGCAUGGAACAAAGGGAGGAUUCUUCAAGAUGGAAGUGAGGAUGUUGAAAAGGCUUAUGCAUCUCAGUUUGCUGAUGAUAUGGUGUCGUGUUUGAGAGCUAGGGCAAUGGAGAUUCUCCCUGGAGGUUUCAUGGCUUUUCUCCUUCCAUGCAUACCACAUGGAGCCAAUCCUUCAAAUUGUUCUUUGAUUGCAAAUUUGGAACUUAUGGGCUCUUGCCUAAUGGACCUCGCCAAGAGGGGUUUGGUGGAAGAAGCAAAAGUGGACUCCUUUGAGAUGGAGCUAUUGAUACAGAUAAAUGGGUGCUUCAAGAUUGAGAGAAUGGAGCAAAUGGAACGCCCCAUGGGAGACAUAACAAGAUCAACUGUCGAGAAGUUUGCGUCGCUUAUGAAAGCCGGAUUUGAAGGGAUUAUUAAGCAACAUUUCGGAAGCCAUGAGUUCAUUGAAGAGCUCUUCAACCAUUACACAGAUAAACUCAUUGACCAUGGCCUCUUCUUGGAUUCUAGUUACAUGCCGAUGCUUGACUUAUUUGUCUUUCUCAACCGCAUUAAUUGA